UGUUGGCUGCUCGACCCACGUGGUUCGUGCUCCUGUAUAAAAAGUUUCUGUCUAAAGCAGUACAAUGCUGCGAUCGCAAGGGGUUAAAGCUGCUCACACGAGCGCAUCGCUGUGUCCAUGAAAGAGAUGAAGAACUACUACUUGGACAGCGCAAACUGGAAGACAAAGAAAGACAGGACCUGAAACGAAAGGCGGAUGUCAAGCACAUAGCUCUUGUUCUGUGGGAAAACAAACAAACAAACAAACAAACAAACAAAAGUGGUGUGGUGGCAUCUUUUGAUUUUCUUUCAUGAUGGAUAUUUUGAACUGAUCAGAGACUCUUCAGCUUGUCAGGCUACAUGCCUGGGCUUUAAUUGCGGUCGUUUGUUCACUCUGUCCCGUAAUAUUGCUUCCAGAAUCAUUUCUCCAGCCAUGGCAUGACGCAGAAGUGCCACCGAUGCUGAGACUUUAUCAAGCAGAACCGAGGAGACACUCAAGUCACCUAGUCCUAUGAGCAGCUGAAGAUCUUCAAUGAAGUCUGUAGGACAUCAUCGCAUGGAAGAUCUUAGUGCAUCCUUACAGGAAGACUGGAUGUUCCAACCUGCUCUUACGCACAGAACACUGUCAUUCGGGAACCUUUUCUGAACCGAACGUUCAUCCUCAAAGCGAAGGCUCGUGCCUCGUACCUCGUGCCUCGUACCUCUUUCUGCACGUGUGUUCUUUUUUUUUUCCUCCCCCCUCUCUUGAAGAAUGAGAAGCUUCCUUUUCAAGGUGCUUUGUCUCACAGCCUGCUGCGCGCUGACUGUGCGCUGCACGCCCGCGUCGCCGGAAACCGAGGCGCACACGACGGCGUCGUCGUCGCGCGAUUCGUGCGCGUCGUGCGGUCUUGCGCAGCCCGCCGACUCGGGAAAGAUGGACGCGGAGUUCGUGGAGGCGGUCAAGAGGCACAUCCUGACCAGGCUGCAGAUGAGAGACAGACCCAACAUCACUCAGCCCAUACCAAAGGCGGCCAUGGUGACCGCGCUGAGGAAGCUGCACGCUGGGAAGGUGCGAGAGGACGGUCGGGUCGAGAUCCCCGACGUGGAUGGGCACGCGAGUCACGUCAAUGACGUUGAAGAGGAAACGUCAGAAAUCAUCAGUUUUGCAGAGACAGACGAUUUGCUGUCUUCAAAGUCCAGCCUUUUCUUCAUCAUCUCCAACGAAGGCAACCAGAACCUCUAUGUGUCUCAGGCAAACCUGUGGCUGUACUUUAAACUUGUGCCUAAUUUGUUGGAGAAGGGCACUCGAAGGAAGGUCAUGGUUAAAGUGUACUAUCAGGAACCGGGCCUGGGGAGCAAGUGGAACCUGGUGGAAAAGCGCGUGGAGCUGAAGCGCAGCGGCUGGCACACGUUUCCUCUUACUGAUGCCGUGCAACUAGUGUUCUCCAAAGGUACACGAAGGCAGAACCUGGAUGUUCGGUGUGAAGGCUGCGAGGAAGCAGGCGUUCUGCCUGUAUUGGUGAACUCGGGCGAUGAGUCGCACCGACCGUUCUUAGUGGUACAGGCGCGUGCAACAGACAGUAAGCACCGCAUUCGCAAGCGCGGCCUGGAGUGUGAUGGUACCAGCGGCCUGUGCUGCCGCCAACAGUUCUACAUUGACUUCCGCCUCAUAGGCUGGAAUGACUGGAUCAUUGCGCCAUCGGGCUACUUUGGCAACUACUGUGAAGGAAGCUGCCCGGCGUACAUGGCCGGUGUUCCAGGGUCAGCGUCUUCAUUUCAUACCGCUGUAGUGAACCAGUACCGCAUGAGGGGGAUGAGUCCAGGCUCCAUGAACUCCUGCUGCAUCCCCACCAAACUCAGCACCAUGUCCAUGCUGUACUUUGAUGAUGAGUAUAACAUCGUCAAGCGCGAUGUACCCAACAUGAUCGUCGAGGAGUGUGGAUGUGCUUGAGCGGGGAUGUUUAAAGACCCGUUACUCUGUAAACGUUCAUUGAUGGAACAAAUUAUUGUAAAAUGAUAUUUAUGAACAGCUGGGUAAACAGUCACCUCGAUGUCCAUACCCACACACCCAUGCAUGCACAAAUCAUUUGUACAUAUAUUUAUGUUGGUUAAUAUCUUCCUGGUAGACUCAUUUAUACGUGACGCAGUCUUAUUUUAAGAGCACAUGUUUGUACAAUAGGUGUUGAUGUCAAAGGGAUGAGAAAGUUGUGUUACAGGUUGUUGCUGUUUCUUUGCUUCUCUCCUCGAAAAUGGCCAUGUUGGGAAAUUGAGAUGAGAGGAGCCUUUGGAAAGGGUCUUUUUUUUUUCCUCCCCAGAAUUUCUCAACUAUGCCUCUUUCACUGUAUACAAAAGCACUGACCAACUCCCCAUUUACUCCUUUCAACAGCAGCACUUCGCUUAACCACUCCAUUGGAAAACACGACAACCAAUCCAUUUAAGAGUCUCCAUCAAGCAGUAUUCAUCUGUCAAACUCUGUCAAACAACUGACCCACAUUGUCUUAGACAUGCUGCAUUCUCAAGUACUCAUGUUAGUGGGUUUUACUAGAGCGGGACAUGAGUAGGCAUUUUGUCAUUACAAGGGCUUUUUAUAUCGCAGGAGACAUUAAUUUAGUUUUCUGUAAUGCUUCAGUCCUGUCUAGAGAGUUUGCUUAUUUGUAAAAAUAAAUAAAUAAAUUUAAAAAUCUGUACACGGAGUGAAGGGAAUUAUAUCUGCCAGUCUGUCAAUCUGUCCAUAUGUCUGUUACAGCGGUGUUUGCUGAAGAAAAAACACUUCCAAAAGUACUUAAAAGAACUGUAGUAUAUUACAUUUCUUCUUUAAAGAUGACUAGGGUGCAGCAUCACAUAAAAAAAAAAUGCAAAAAAAAAAAAAAACAAGCUAAAUGCACAUUUUCUAGCACUUGCUAAUUGAAAUGCCUUUAAAGGGUACCAAGUGGCACACCCGUGCUCACUCACAAUCCUUUUUCAAAUAAGUGCCGGACAAACUAUGCAAUGUAUAGUACCGACCCACCGACCCUUCAGACGAACUAGCUAGUAGGUGUAUACUAUCUUUCAAUACUUGAAAUUUCUUUCGCUUCCUUCUCUGAACGAAUGGUUGUUAUGAUGUUAUAAUGUUAUGAUGUUUGCACUGAAAAAGUCGCAUGAUGAGUAAAAGAAAAGAAAAGAAAAACUUGCCAUUGAAAUAAAGGUUAUUUUUAUAGACGUAAAAUAAAUUCUGUUCAAAUGUAUUAUACGGAAUCGUGGAACCAAAGAGGCCAAGAUUUUUGUUUAGCUAUUAUAAGAUGGCAAGACCAUCGCAUUGUUAUGUAAAAUACUUUUUUAUUAUUAUUAUUAUUAUUUCUUUUUGAUCAUGUAAAAGGCCUAAACACUGUAUCAGGGUACCAUAUUAUGGAUUCCAUUUUCAGCUCAAUUCUCUUUCUUUCUUAUUUU